GACACGGACUCUCUUUUCUCUCUCUGUCUUCUCGUUCGUCGUUUCGUCUGUCUCCGAUUAAAAAGAAAGAGAGAGAGAGAGAGAGAGGGAAGGAGAGAAAGAAGGACAGAUAGAAAACUGUAAAAAAGAGAAAGAAAGAAUAUAUACACGAUAUAAAUCAAAAUAAUCAAGAAGAGCGAGAGAAGAGAGUACGCGUGUGUCGUAAGUUUCGUGACGUCGAAAAAGAGAGGAGCUUGUCAUUGACAUCAGUAGUCAGUUUUCUCUGUGUGCGAAUAGAGAGAUAAGAGAGGAGAGAUUGGAGAGUUUGGUGUAGAGAAAGAAAAAGAGAGAGAGAGAGAGAGAGAGAAGGAGGGUGAUGUGUAUGAGAGAGAAAGAAAGAGAAAGAGAGAAUGUGCAUUGAGACGACGAUACGCGUUAGUGGAACGUAUACUCUGGAGCCACUCUGAAAGAGAGAGAGAGAGAGAGAGAGAGAGAGAGAGAGAGAAGAAGAGAAAGAGAUAAAGAGAAAAAGAGAAAGAGAUAGAAAGAGAAAGAAAGACAGAGAAAGACAGAGAAAGAGAGAGAGAACGAUUCUUUCGAUCACGCUCGAGAAAGAUGCGUUCGCGCGUACCAGUAUCGCGGAGGACGACGACGAAAGAGAGGAGGCGCCAUCGCGAAUUCGUCGUCGGUCGUCGCGCGUGAGUCAGUCGGCCCGUCGUGGAUCGUAACGGGCGGCCGCCACCACGUACAAGAUGGCUUCGGGCGACAAUGUGGACGCGAUCGAGGUUGUAGAAACGAGUUUCGCCGGACCGGCCCAACCUGCCGAGGAUUCAAGAAGGGCCGAGCAAUCCGCCGAGGAAGACAAUAAAUCCACGGGGGAGAAAGUAGCGGCACUCGAUAACUCAAUAACGCAACAUGGCACGGCGGGACUCAAAACCCCUGCGGGGGUGUCAAGAAAUAAAUCGGAAAGGGAAAGGAAGAUUGGACAUCGUCGUGUUGGUGUGGGAGGUGAAAUCACGUACAAAAAGAUACAAACGACACAGAUUAUGGGAUCUAUACAACUUGGUAUACAACAUGCGGUCGGUGGUCUAGCGAGUAAGCCAGAACGAGAUUUACUCAUGCAAGAUUUCAUGACCGUCGAGACAACGAAUUUUCCAAGCGAGGGAUCUAAUCACACCCCGGCUCAUCAUUUCUCCGAAUUUAAAUUUAAAAAUUACGCGCCAAUUGCAUUUCGAUAUUUUAGGGAUCUCUUUGGAAUUCAACCGGACGACUUUUUGAUGUCGAUGUGUAGCGCACCCUUGCGUGAAUUAUCCAAUCCGGGUGCUAGUGGAAGUAUAUUCUAUUUAACGGAGGACGAUGAAUUUAUUAUUAAGACUGUACAGCAUAAAGAGGGAGAAUUCUUGCAAACUCUUCUUCCAGGAUAUUACAUGAAUUUAAAUCAGAAUCCAAGAACACUGUUACCAAAAUUUUUCGGCUUGUAUUGUUAUCGUUGUAACAGUAAAAAUGUUCGAUUAGUAGCUAUGAAUAAUCUACUUCCGUCGUCAGUAAAAUUGCAUCAAAAAUACGAUCUCAAAGGAUCGACUUAUAAGAGAAAGGCAUCAAAGAUGGAAAGAUCGAAAUCGUCGCCAACGUACAAGGAUUUAGAUUUUAUGGAACACCAUCAAGAAGGAAUUUUUCUCGAAGCCGAUACGUACAAUGCACUUGUCAAAACUAUUCAACGAGAUUGUCGCGUUUUAGAGAGUUUCAAGAUCAUGGAUUAUUCUCUUUUAGUUGGGAUACAUAAUCUCGAUCAGGCCGCGAGAGAAAAAGCUCAGGAACAAAGAAUAUCAGCCAGUGCGGACGACGAGAUUGGCGAUGUCGCAGGAGAAGGUGGUGCUUUUAUACAAGCGGAUAGAGAACGCGAUAGAGAGGAUAGAAUAGGUGCUACGGCAUUGAAUCGAUCGAGAAGCAUAAACAGGCAAAGGUUAGUCGCUCAUAGUACAGCUAUGGAGAGUAUUCAAGCUGAGAGCGAACCGAUCGACGAGGAGGAUGACGUUCCCAGUCCUGGUGGUAUACCUGCAAGAAAUGCUCGUGGUGAACGGCUGUUAUUAUUUCUUGGUAUCAUUGACAUUUUGCAGAGCUAUAGACUUAAGAAGAAGCUCGAGCAUACGUGGAAGUCAAUGAUACACGAUGGUGAUACAGUAUCAGUACACCGACCAGGAUUUUAUGCUCAGCGUUUUCAAGACUUUAUGGCCAAGACAGUAUUCAAGAAGAUACCUUCACUGGACCUGCCUGAGAUUAAGGGGAACCAUCGCAAAUUCCGUAACCUCGUCACCAGCUACAUAGCACUGAAACAUUCCCCCUCGAAGAGAAAAAGUAUAACGAGGCCAUUGAGGCCAUUAGAGGGUGACUUCGAUUCAACCGCGGUGGCGGCAACGGGAACCUCGACAAUGCAUGCUACGUCACCCACGAAGCCCGGGAGUCCAACGGAUAUCGCGGCCUCUACCACCACAAGCACGGUCAUUUCGACUGGUUCGAUCCCGAUCGCUACAUCAACGCCUGUUAACCUUGCGUCUGGUGCAGUGAGUCCACCGCCAUUGGCCUUGAGCAUCACCGGACAGGCCAUUCCUCAUCAAGAACAAAACGCUUUGGGUAUCGGUGUUAUCGGGAAAUCAUCGUCGGCAGCAGCAGCGGCAGCAGCAGCAACAACAACAAUGGCAACAGGAGCUGGAGCAGGAACGACCACUUAUCCAGCUGUUUUGAAGGGCAGAAGCGCAGCUAGUCCUCCUAAUCCGAAUUUGGUGCCUUCCGGAAAGGUUCCACCACCUGUACCACCUAGAGGCUCUGGGUCCAGGUCUGCCAGAUCACCUGGACCACCUGCUACAACCUCCUCGUCUUCUGUAACUUCCAGCCGAGGUGGCACCCUUCCCUCUACCUGUUCCACCCCGCCCCCACCUUUUGACGAUGCAGUCCGUUCAAACGACCAGACAUUGGCUUCCGGUGGUCAUCUACAGCAAGCAGUUACUACAAGUAUACUCACCAGCAGCCUGAGCAGUGCCCAUUCCAAGCAAAACAAGGUCGUCCAUCAUGUUACUCUUACCAAAACCAGUCAGGAUGCUGUGAGUAUAUCGGACGUACAUUUGGAGAGUAGCGGAAGUGGGAGUGGUGGUAGCGGUGGUAGGGAGACAAAAUCAUCUCUGAGCGUCGAAAGUGGUGGUAGCAGUCGAGGUGGUGGCGGUCUAACGUGGACACCACCUGCCGGUAGUGCCGAAGGCUCGACUCCAACAUGGACCGAAGGGACGCCAUCGUUCACCGAAAGUUCUAGCAGCGGUGACAUAGGAUGUCCGACUACGCCGAUCAGAGGGAGUCAACGUUCCGAAGAUGGCGGAAGAAUCGCAGCAACCGUUGAAGAGGCACUCGCUAGUCUCACCACCGAAAUGACCCACCUGUAGAAGAGCGAUCCAGAGAUAGUUUGUAUGAGAGAGAGAAAGAGAGAAUGAAUGAGUGAAAGAGAGAGAGAGAGAGAGAGGAAGAAAGAAAGAAAGAAAGAAAGGAAGAAAGAAUUGCAGAAAAAAAAACAUGAAAAAAAAAGAUAAUAAUACAUCCGAAGAAAUCGAGAGCUGCAAUGUGAAAAAUAUUGAUAUUAAUGUAAGUUAAAAUUUUCUAGAUGUUAAUUGAAAUCGUCUUUUAUGGGAUUAUAGGAUCAGUUUACGAAUGAAGGGUUUUUUUUUUUUUUUUUUUUAUUAUUAUUAUUCGUAAUCUCUCCUUUUCUCUCUCGCAUUUAAAUGUGCGAAUAAAUGGGACAGAUAUGAGACUAUUUUGAAAUGAAGUGAUGAAGAAAAAAAAGGUAGGGAGAAGGGAUCGAUCGUAUUAUUUAUUAAAAUUAUUUUUUUGUUUUCUUCUUUUUUGUUUUUGUUUUUUUUUUUUUUUGUUUUUUUAUUAUUCGGAACACUUAAAGUGUUGCGUGUUAACAGAGUUCAGAGACUAUAUGAGAAGAAUUAUUAAUAGAUCGACAGAAUAAUAUCAAAUUGAAUAUUUUUCGUUCUAAUUAAUUUUAUUAAAAUAAUUUAUUAGAAAUGAUUUGUAAAGAUCGGCGGAAUUGAAUGGAAUAGGAAAAAAACAAGGGAAAGAAAUUUGUUCCUGAAUUUUAUGAUAGAAAUUUAUUUUUAAUAUAUCGAAUGCGUAUAAAUAUUUGUUAAUUAAUUAUAUUUCUCGUUAUUCUGUCUUUCAAUCGUUGUCUCUCUAAUAAACGCAUUUCUCUUGUAUUAAACUACUCGCGAUAUAUAUAUUCAUAUAUAUAUUAUAUAUAUUAAAUAAUACAAGAUGGGACAAAAGUCCCUAGGUAUAUCAAAAAAAGCCUUUCCUAAGUGAUUUGUAAAAAUCAAUUACUCUUUUUUCGAGACCUUUUCGGAUUAACUUUACAUCUAUUUUCUUCUUCUUUUUUCCUUUUCGUCUUUUACAAAUUAAAAAUAUUAUAGACCUAGCUUGUAAUUUUCAACAAAUCUAAACGACAAGAAGCCAGAAAAAUCUCUCGAAAAAUAUUCAUUUAUUGAUUUUGCAAAAUCACGUAGGAACUUUUGGCGCACCUAGAAACUUUUCGACCAAUUCUUGUAUCGUAGAUUCCAAAAAAAAAAAAAAGAUAAAUAAAUAAAUAAAAGCAAAAUCGCGCCAGUAUUAAAAUCAUGGUUGUGCGUUCGCAUUUGUUCUUUAUAUAUACGUAAAAAAAUUUAUGUUUUGUUUGUUCGUUUUCGUUUUUUUUUUUUUUUUUUAAGUGAUAGGGGAGGGUGGGGAGGGAAGGGUUUCGUUAACGAUCGAGUAUAUACAUAUAUAUCUUCGUAUAAGGGAUCAAGAGUAAACAAAGGAAAAAUAAAAAUUUACUAAUUCGAGAUAGGAAAUACGAUAUUAAAAUCGAUCGUAAAUCUCUGGAUACGGGGGGAUGGGGGGUGGAUAAGGAAGAGAAAGCGGAACGAACGAGAUCGAUUAUGUUCGUUCUCAGGAUGAUCAUUUGAUUCGUCUCGAUUGUGAGUACGUUUAACGAUAAAAAAAAAAAAGUAAUAAAAUAAAAUAAAAUGGGAAAAAAAAAACAUAAAAAUGAAAAUAAAAAUAAAAAUACAGAUAAAGAUAAAAAAAAAAGAAAAAAUGAAAAGAAAGGAAGGAAAAGUAGGUUGUGAUCUUGUUUGAAAUGAUCGACAUGGUCAUUGACCUUGACCGAGCAUAAAAAUAGAAAGAAGAAAAAAAAAUAAUAAUGAUAACAAUAACAAUAAUAAUAAUAAUAAUAAUAAUAAUAAUAAUAAUAUUAUUAAAAAAUUCUUGGAAGGUCAAUGACCGAUUAUUUUGCUCGGAUCGAUGAAUCUCUUGUUAAAUAAUUCUACGUAUUAUACUAUUCGCAUAGCAAAUAUCGUUAGAAUGUGUUAUCCGAAAAAUGAUUCAGUACAUUUGUCAAGAUGAAAAUAAAAGAUAAAAGAUAAAAGAUAGAAACAAAUAGGUGAGAAAGAGAGAGAGAGAGAGAAAGAGAGAAAGAGAAAUAUGUAAGAGAUGUGUAUUGACAUUUGUACGACAACAAUAACAGCAAGAUAAAAAGAAAAAGAAAACAAAAUGGCGUGGACUCUGAAUACGCUUGAUUUCAAGCGUUGCUCGAGAAGUUCGUCGCUUAUUACCGUGUACAUAUCAUAUGGAAAAAAGAGAUAAGAUAUUAAUUACAUGUAUGAAAGAGAUAUGUAUAUGUGUGUAUAUAUAUAUGUAUAUAUUUAUAUAUAUACAUACAUACAUACAUACAUACAUACAUACAUAUAUAUAUAUAUUUAUAUUUAUAUAUACACAAUAUAAUAUACCAGUAAAAAGACUAACUAGAAAAAAAUUUGUCUACAAGAUUUUUUUCUCGUCCCUAUUGCCUUUUUCUUAUCUUUUUCUUUUCACGUUAAUCUUAGCUUUCUUCUUUUCUUCGUUAGAUAGUAUGUACCAUUGUAAAUAUAUAUAUAUAUAUAUAUAUAUAUAUAUAUAUAUAUAUAUAUAUGUAUGUAUAUAUGAGUAUGUAUGUGCGCGUAUGCAUGUGAUUCUGUGUGUUUUCGUGUGUGUAUUUGAUAUACAGUAUACAUAUAUACCAAGCACACAACGAUGUACGAUAACGAAGAAUAAAUUAUUUAUUGCGUCCUAUUUAUUUCAACGCCGAAGACGUGUAGUCUCAUCGUU